UUAGGAAAGAAUUUGUCAAGUAUUUUACAGAUUUAUAUAGAACAGGAAAUGGAAUACAUGAAUCAAAGCAUUGUGACUGAAUUCAUCCUUCUGGGCUUCAUGGACCAUCCAAAGUUGUGGACCAUUCUCUUCCUGGCAUUUAUCUUGAUCUACAUUGUCACAGUCUCAGGAAAUCUUGGCAUCAUCAUCCUAGCUGCUCUUGACGCAAACCUUCAUACCCCAAUGUACUUUUUCCUCAGCAACUUAUCCUUGGUUGACAUUGGCUAUUCCACUACUAUCGCUCCUAGGUUGCUGAUGACCUUUCUACAAAAGAAUAGCACUAUUUCGUUCACAGAGUGUACUGUGCAAUUCUUCUUUUUCUGUCUGUUUGUCACAGUUGAAACUUGUCUUCUAGCUGUUAUGGCUUAUGAUCGCUUUACUGCCAUUUGCAACCCGUUACUUUAUUUUGUUGCCAUGUCUAAAAAGCUCUGUCUGGUGUUAGUAACAAGUGCAUAUAUUUGUGGCUUUGUAAAUUCAGCUGCUCAGACUUCAUUCAUAUUUAGCCUGUCCUUCUGCAGCUCAAAUGUUAUCAAUCAUUUCUUUUGUGACGUUCCUCCCAUCCUGAAACUUUCCUGUUCAAGCACAGCAGUGGCUAACACUGUGCAUUUCAUCUUUGCUACUUCAAUAAUCAUGAGCACUUUGUUGAUUAUCCUCAUCUCAUAUACCUACAUCAUUUUUGCCAUCCUGCGGAUUCGCUCUGCCCAGGGCAGGCACAAAGCCUUUUCCACUUGUGCCUCUCACUUCAUGGCCGUUACAAUCUUCUAUGGGACUAUCAUCUUUAUGUAUCUGAGGCCCAAUUCUGGGGUCUCAAACGAUGAAGAUAAAAUUGUUUCAGUGUUCUAUACUCUUGUGAUCCCAAUGCUGAAUCCAUUGAUUUACAGUUUGAGAAAUAAAGAUGUGAAGGAUGCUUUCAUAAGGACGAGAGGGAAGAUUUCAUUAAAUUAA